GAGCCUGAGCCAUAUACAUCGCCCAAACAUUUCAAAGUUUCUUGUGCUAGUUUUGAUAGAUGAAGAACUGAAAAUACGUGGGGUUUAUUUUUAAUUAGAGAAGAUGUCUACGAAAAACCGUUUAAUUCAAAACUUUGUAAGCUUAGUUCCUGACUACACACGUUCAAAAUGUGAAAGGUACGAAUCCGGAAUCCAAAGGUGCCUUCAGGUCAUUUGCUGCAUGGAAAAUCUUUCAGUUUUUGAUACCAGCCAGCUAGAUAUUAUAGAAUUUUUCAUCAAUCUUAGAGAACUUUUAAGAACAUGUGACAACAAAUCCUGCCUUGGGUGGAAGGCUGUGGAACUAGUUAAACAUCUAAGUUCAGAUUCAUCUAUUUUUCAACUUCUCUGUGAAUUAGAAUUUGUCCCAAUUCUUUCGCAAUAUCUUCACGGGCAACUGGAGGCUGACAAGGCAGUGUUAUUGCUGUCUGCAAUAGAAACAUUGAGUGAAGGCAUAAUUGUGGAAAGAACAGGCUAUUGGCUUGGAAAUAUUUUGAAAUAUUUAACUAAUUCUAUCUUGGAAAAAUGUGACUACACUCUGCCACACUUACUUGCUGUUCUGUCAAAUUUGUGCUUUGAAAACUAUGUUGUAAUCACUGAACUUCAGAGAGAAAAUCGAUCUGAGUUAUUACUCCAAUAUCUUAUCCAGUUGCAAGCAAAUAAUCCCUUAGUUCAACUUCAUGCCUCUCAGGUCGUCUUUAGUAUAUUGGCGACUAGCUCUAUUAGCGAAGCGAUGCUGGCAAACUACUUAAAAACGGUUGUCGAUGUACUUCCAAUAGGGGCAAAAACACACAAUACAAAUCUUAUCCAGCGCUGUGGAUCCAUAUUUUCAUGGAUGUCGCGCGAUCGCCUCAUCCUUGAAAUGAUGAAAACCCCUCAUUUUCAAGAGCUACUGGAAGACUGUUUGAAAGACAUGGUAGCUUUACUUGCUUUUUCCAAACAUACAAGUACAACCAACAGCAUUCUGCUCUUCAUAACGAAGUUGCUUCGAACCCAGUUGAUCCCCAACAAAAAGUUUACUGAAGCUUACAUACCAUCCCUUAUUCCACUUUUUCAAAAUGCUGCAUUGACCGAAAACCUACUCGAACUACUGGCGGAUUUAGUUAAAAACUCACCCAGUCUUCAUUUAAUGGAAGACAUCCUCGAACAACUUUUCAGCCAAGUUGUCAAUCAACUCAACAAUUUUAAAAAUCCUACAUGCAAGACGUCCUGCAGAAUUCUUGGACAUUCGUUGCAAAUUCUACAAAAGCUAUAUAAAGUUUCACCUUCCAACACUCGCAUUACAUCGCUGCUCAAACCGGACUCCUUCGUCAACAUUGUGUCAAAUUUUGUGAUACUUAGCGAAGAAGUAGAAGAGAAGAAAGCCGAUUCGAACCUGUCUCUCAAUUCUGGUAUUAUGGCGCAUUACACAUCAGAAACGAGAGUCAUCGUUGUCGAGUGCCUGACUCUCCUCGCGCAAAUUGCUUGCCGUGACGCGGACUACUUGCAAAAAUACAGCUAUAUGCUAGGACAGCCUAAUGUGCAUCAGUGCCUGGCAUCCGCAAUUUUGCAGGGUGACUGCCAUGUCAAACAAGACGCGCUAGCCCUAGUCGGGACUUUAGGAUUUUCUAGUGAUAGUGUGAUGGGCUUAUCGCAUGCCUUGGAUCAAUUAUGUACGCGACGUGGCAGCGUCACGGAAGACCGUGAGCAGUCAAUAAACCGCGCCUUUUUGAAUUGGAACCUAUCUCCUGAGCAAAUGAAGAAAAUUGACAACCUUACAAAACAAAUGCUUAACCAGGAAAAAUUUUGGGAGAACAUGAAAAAAUGCGAGAUCCUUGAACUGAUGGAACUACAACUUGGAAGACGCGAGCGGGAAGAGCAUCGAUUGAAGCUGCAAUUGGAUUCUACACAACAAGACCUCAAUACAUUAAAAAUAAACCUACUGCAAAUAAAAGCAGAGAACGAACGAAUGAUGGCCAUGGUUCUUAGCAAAAAUGAACUGGUCGAAUCCAAGGAGGCGGAGAAUCGAGGAUUAACGAGACGUCUGGAAAAAAUGCAUGAGACCCAGAGAGUGAACCAGUCCGAUUGGAGAAAAGAACGUGAGCGAAUGCAAAGGGAGAAAGACAAGUUUGAAUUAGCGCAAACUGAAGCAACGAACCAGAUCCAAGCCCAGCUUGAUUCGGCUAUGAAACAAAUCAGGAACCUUAUUCAGAAAAAUGAAGAUUUGGACGAAGAGUUGAAAAAAUCACAAAAAACUUGUGAAGGAUUAAAAUUGGCAUGUGAAAAAAAAGACAAAGAACUCGAAAAACAGACGCAAGACCUCCAAGAGGUUAAAUCCUGUAGUGAUAACCUAGCGAAAACACUUCGGAAAAGGGAAAAAGAGUGCGAAGAGAAGGAGAGAGAAAUCACGUCUCUAAGCCAGGCGGUGAAGAAAUCAGAAAUAUUGCGCCAAGAUUUGGAGGCGCGGCUCAUUGAAUCUGAGAAAUCAUGUCAAGAAACCAAAAAGAAACUAAACAAACUCGAGAAAAUUCAAGAGUUUAUCUAUGAUUUAUCAUCAGGAAAGAACAAAUUAUUUGAGGAUAAAUGAGAUAUAGUAAAAGUUUGCGAGGAGAAGAAUGAUAAACAUAUUAAGAUAAUAGAAAUACACAGGUCUAUUGGUGGAACCUUUUUGCAAUGUCUGAAAUACAGAGAUAUCUUCAUUACAA